CGUCCCGCUCCCGGGGAGCCCGUAUCCGGUUGGGGGCGCGGGGGCCGUCCCGGUACCGGGGGCCGCCCCGGUGCGGCGGGGCGGGACAGCGGGAGACAAAGGAGAAAACUUCGCGGAGAGCGAGAGAGCGGCCGGGACACCGGGAGCCGCCGGGACACCGGGCCCCCUCCGAGCCCCCGGCCCGGCGUACGAGACCCCCCCCGGGGCAUUAGCUCCCGCGACAGCGGUACCGGGGCGGCCGGAUCCCCCGAGCCCCGUGCCGAGCCCCGGGUCGCCCCUGAGCACCCCCCCGGACCCUUUGGGCCCCCCCGGAGCGCGGCGGGAUGCGGCGGGGCUGAGCGAGCGGCCCCGCGUCCGCAGACGAUGAAGCUGCCACUCGCCUGCUGCCGGCUCCAGACAUUGGGGGCUGCCCUGGGGGUCUGCGUCACCAUCAGCUUCACGGUGCAGCUCCUGGGGGGGCCUUUCCAGCGCAGGGCCCCCACGGCCCCCGCUGGCCACCCCCCGGCCCCCUGCCAGCCCCAGACCCACCUGGUGUUCCUGAAGACCCACAAGACAGGGGGCAGCAGCAUCGUCAACCUGCUGCACCGCUUUGGGGAGACUCGGGGGCUGCGCUUCGCACUGCCCCACCGCUACCAGUUCGGGUACCCCAGCCCCUUCCGGGCCGAGCGGGUCAAGGGGUAUCGCCCGGAGGGUCCGCCCUUCGACAUCAUCUGCCACCACAUGCGCUUCAACCUCACUGAGGUGCAGAAGGUGAUGCCCAACGACAGCUUCUACUUCUCCAUCGUGCGGGACCCGGGCACACUGGGCGAGUCAGCGUUUGCCUACUACCGGGCCGUGGCGCCGGCGUUCCGGCGAGCCCCCUCGCUGGCUGCUUUCCUGGCAGCCCCGGGGCACUUCUACGAAGCUGGGGCGCGGGGUAACCACUAUGCCCGUAACCUGCAGUGGUUCGACUUUGGGCUGCCGGUGGUGAGGGACGGGGAUGGCGUGGCGGUGGCGGCAGCGCUGGCAGGGCUGGAGCGGGACUUCGCCCUGGUGCUGUUGGCUGAGCGCUUCGACGAGUCACUGGUGCUGCUGCGUGAAGCCCUGUGCUGGCCUGAGGAGGCCGUGGUCGCCUUCGCCCAUAACGGCCGCCCCACCGGGGACGGUCCUCGAGUCUCGCCCGCCCAAGCCGCCCGCCUGCGGGCCUGGAACAGCCUGGACUGGGCGCUCUACGUCCACCUCAACCGGUCCUUCUGGCGCCGGGCCGAGGCCUUCGGGGUUGCCCGCCUGCAGGACGAGGUGGCUCGCCUGCGCCAACGCCGCGCCGACCUGGCCCGCCGCUGCCUGCGUGGUGGCGGACCCCUGCCCGCCCGUGCCAUCCCCGAUGGCCGCCUCCGCCCCUUCCAGCCCCCCGGCCGGGCUCAGAUCCUGGGGUAUGCCCUGCGGGCUGGGCUGCGCCCUGCAGAGCGUGAGCACUGCGCUCGCCUCGCCACCCCCGAGCUGCAGUACAAGGACAUCCUCGACCGGCGGCAGUUUGGGGGGGGCAACGCGUCCAUCCCACCUGGGGGGUAGCGGGGUGGGGGCCGGGGGGGGGGAAUGGCACCAUGCCUUGGUACACCUGAGCUGGGCAACGGGUGCCUUAACCCUGAUGGGGGUCAGGUUUGCCCCAUGGAACCACUUUGUGCCUCAGUUUACCUGCUGCUCAUAAUGCCCCCUCCCCGACUAAUAGGGAUUGGGGUCCCCCCCACGGUACAGCCUCGUGCCACAGUUUAUCUGGGCUGGUAACAGCCACCCCUACCCCUGACAGGGAUUGGGGUCCUCCCACGGUACCACCCUGUGCCUCAGUUUACCGGGACCGGGCAUCCCGCGCCCCCCCCCGUGGUACAGCCCCGUGCCUCAGUUUACCGGGGCCGGGCAAUGGCCCCGCCCCCGUGGAUCAAGCCCCGCCCCAUGUGAUCAGGCCCCGUUCGUGUGCGCACGGAGCCCCAGCGCUCCCUGGGGGAAGGGGCUGGCGCAGGCCCCGCCUCGUCAAGGCUCGCUUAGUGGUAACUAUGGCAAUAAAGACUGGAGUCAGACCGC